CUCCCCCCGCUACAUUUAUCCACCAGCCGUCAACUUUAAAUAACAGUUUAUCGUUGUUAAUGUAUUUAUUAAUCGACAAUACGAACAUUCAUCGUCUUAAGUCGUGCUAAGAUGUGAGAAACGCUAGAUCCGACAGGACAGCGCCGAAGUAUACUAAAGUUUCUGCUUACGACGUAAACAUGUCGGAACCGCGAGUAAAGAGGAUUAAAAGCAAUCUUCCACACUGUAAAAGUCAUAGAUGUGUCGUCGGGAGUCAGUCGAGGCAAAACUUUCCGUCUGUGGUGGAGGAGAGCUUGUGUGGGGUUUCUAACUUGCUUCUGGAGGUUUCUUACAGACUGCAGGCGCUGGCCAAUGUCUUCGAGCAAAGUGAUCGAGCUUUACCCAGAGUAGCAGCGUUUUUUCAUCAGGAGUCUGUGAUGGAACAAGAUCGGGCUGAGGUGAUGCUGCAGUACCUGUCCCAGCGUGGAGGAACCUUCUGCAGUAAGAACAUACAGAGGCCAGGCAUUCAACAUGGGUGUACUGUCCUUUCUGCUCUGGAGAUCAUUCUGAACCAGUGGAAGGAGGAGAUGGCCAUUAUGGUGGAGCUGAGCCAACUGGCACUCAAUUAUGGAGAUCCACACACUGCCAGCAUAAUCAAAAGUCGGUUUCUUCAGCCUCUUAUCUCAAAGGUCAAGCUCGUAGGUGACCUCUUGACCGAAGCUCGCAGAGCGGGAUGCACCAAUGACAGUACGGGUGGCUUUGACGAGUUCCUUUUCGACCAGCUACAAGGCAAUCUGCAGCGCUGUAACUAGUGUAAGGGGCAGUUGAUGACAAUUCUAGGGGUCCACAGGUCAAGCCAUUUUUAAUUUGAAUAAAAACAGAACUAAGGGGCCCACAGUCAGAGUCAGAGGGCCCACAUUUCUAUGCAUCCUGCAGCAAAUUGUGCCUCCAUUCUUGAAUAUUGUUGAUAGAUGGGCAGACAGACGGAUAGCUGGAUGAAUGAAUAAACUGUAUUAGUGCAGUAGGGAACAAGGUACAGGCAUUCAAGGAGAGGUCACUCCUUUUUUAGAUACUAUUUUAUUAGAAUGUGAAUAUAAUUUUAUUUAAUACUAUUUUACUAGAAUUCGGAAUAACAGGACGUUGAGUGUAGCAACAAACUUACAUUUUUUGUUGUUUGUUUGUUCUUUUUUAGUGCUGUUAACCAUAAAUGUAUAUGUAUACGCAUUCUAAUGGAAAAUUUCAGUUGACUGUGUUUUUAUGUGUGUGCAGUUCAUUUAAUAUUACUUCUGUUUGCUGUUUUUCAAACCAAAUGUGCUUACAUGUUUUAUGUAAAAAUGUUAUUAAGGAAAAUUUACUAAAGAUAUAUUUGAAAAGAUGUCACAUAUUCCAGAUAAAAUGUAAGGUUUAGUAUGUCAUUUGUGAGUAUUAUUUAUAAUAAAAAUAUUAUUUUGAUAAUGUUGCAUAUUAUCUUGAAUUAGUUUUAAUGAGUGAUCUCUGUGUAAUACAAUUGUAGCUAAAUUUGUGCUUUAUUUAAAUGUUUAAAAGUACCUGAACUUUCCAAUAAAAUUAUAUUUUUGUGUCAUAAUUAGCAUAAUGUUUCCAAAAUAAAUUUUGAGUGGUUGUUUUAAGGGAGUUUUGCCGUUUUUAAGGAGAACAGAAAAGUUAAAACUCUCAUUUGGCUCGUUGUCGCCCCCUAUUGACAAACUGAUGUAUGUGUCAGCUAUUGUACGAAAAAAAAAUAUAUAUAUAAUAUUUAUAAUAAUAAAAUGUGCCAUGUCAUAAUUUAAGACAAAAAAACAAACUUUUUUUGACAGA